GGCAUACCCGCUUAAGUGUACAGGAUUCUGUUGGAACAUUCUCGCGCAGGCGGCAUUGACAUGGAAGAAAGCAUGCGAUGACGAUGCACGUGGGCGACCAGAGUCCAAUACCUCUCAUAUUCCUUUGCUGUGAGUGAAUCUCAUCUCAUUCACCUAGGGGUAGGGGCCAGCAGCCGAGCUUUAUUUACCUCCGAACAAUCGACAUUUGCGUCCGCAUCCGAACCGAUUCUUUUCUUUCAAGCGCAGCCUCUCCAAGAAUGGCCCCACAGUCAACAAUCACAACGCGCCCUCUUCCCGCCUCAUGGCGCGCUGAGCUUGACAGACUGCGUGCCCGACUCUCAGCCCGCGGCCUCCUCGCCGUUCUCGACUCCUGCCCACCACCCCCCUCUUUCCCCUUCCAACGCGAUGCCUCCCGCGCACCAGCCACCAAGCUCUUCCUCGGUUACCGCAAGCUCACCGACACCACCACGCGCGUAGAAUCAUGGGCGUACCUCGUUCCCGAUCUCGAAACCGCCGCCGUGCCACCGAUCCUAUUCCGAGACGAGCGGGCGACACCAUCUCGCCGUGCUGGAGCCGAUUCGCGACCCAGGGCAGCGACAAGCCUGCUGCGGCGGGCGGGCGAUCUGCACGUGCCGUUCUGCUUCCUCCAGUAUGAUGGGUCGCCGGGGGUGAGACAUGUUCGGGAUAUGCUGUGUGCGAUUGUGUUGUACUGCUUCCUUGCGGCUGGGGUGCGCGACGAGGCGCUGCGAUGGAAGGACUUCACAGUUAUGCUGGAGAAGGCGUUGAGAUACAUCAAGCAGAGCGGGGAGUACCAGCUGUGGAUCGCCGCAGACGGAGGGUCGGAGGCCACAAUGGACGCCGAGGCGACGGAAGACGCAUUAGAUGUCGAAGGGUUGGACGAUUCGGAUGCAGAACAAGAGCGAGACAUACCGAAAGAUUGCGAAACCAUCUGGUCCAUGGGGAGCCAAGUUCUCGUCCGUGAUUCUGCCACCCUCGCAGACCUCCUGCAGCGUUUGGGUGACAAAGUCCAUCUCCUCGACUUGAUCCCUUGCAUGGAUGUCUACUUCACCCAGCAGACCGUCUUCCCAGACGAUUUCCCCUACCGCAUGCUAAUCGGCACAUGGCGCCCACGCACCCAGUCUUCCACGCUCAACGUAUUUGUCUACCUCAUUAAUCCCGAGAGACCAAAUUACUCGCCCACCAUCAAGCUGUACGCACACGACUCGCCGAAUCAACAAUUGGUUGAAUUCAGCCUGGCAAAGCUGGAGGACUUCAGCCCGCUUGAGCCGUUCAAGUCCUUGAAGAGUACGGAUGGCGCUUCCACAAAGCACGAGACGAGGAAGCUGCAAGCACUCAUUAAGUAUUAUUUCCUGCUUAUGGAGAACGAAGGUCGGUUUGGUGAUCCAGGCAUCCGCGUGCAUGAUGGCUUCGUCAAGGCACUUUGCACGGCUUGCGGUGAUUUGAGGAUCGCUGAAAUGGAGAUGUGAAGGCCGAUGAAGUCGACCGCGAGAGGAGGAUCGUUGGGGGUAUAGUUGGACAGCAGGGGAUGGCGGAGUUUGAUGGUGGAAUGCACUCGUCGAACUCGACUGUUCCGAUGCUUCGGAAUACGCUGGGGCUAGUACAUCGCUCCCCGUUUAUCCGAGCGUGAAAUCACUCGACUCAUGGAGGACAU